GAGGAGGAGGAGGAGGAGGAGGAAGAGCCGAACCAACGGCACACCCGCACUGGCCAGGCCGCCCGCACUGCGCGCACGAGGCGCGCCCAUGUCGUCGAGCCCGCGCGCCGCUCUCUCCGGCCCAGGCGCGAGGUGCAGGACGCGGCCCUCUCCGCGCCCUUUCCACGGGCGACCCCGGUGCUGCACCUGCAACGAUGCCUACCGUCAUCCCUGAUCGGCACACAACACACACUCAAACCUAUAGGGAGGAGGAAUGGGGAAGGGCAAGGCGAUGAGCGCGCUAUAAGUAUGGGUGCGAAUUGCGGCUCGGGAACCCCCGUCGCGAACCUGCGAACGAUGGCACCCACGAGGGGCACCGAGCAGGCCCGCAGCCACGCGGAGGCCCUCCUGCAGCAGGCGAGCCCGCGCGCGGAACCUCGGCUCGUGCAGGAGAAUCGCACAGCGUGAUCACAAGAAGGAUGAGGGUGAGGGAGGAGGAGGAAGGAGAGCG